AUGGAACUGACAUUAGAAGAGUUUCUUGGGAAAAAAUAUAAAUUGAAAUCGUCGGAAAAUUUCGAGGAGUAUUUGAAAUUUAUCGAAGUUGGUAUGUUAUCCCGUAAAACGGCCUGCGCAGUAUCCCCAAUAUCCGUGCUCACCAGAGAUGAUGAUGUAUAUACAUUCACGAUGAUUACUACCUUUAGAACCGUAAUAUUUAAGUUUAAAUUCGGUGAGGAGUUUAUUGAAGAACGUCCCGAUGGUUGUAAGUUGAAAGCCACGGUAACCAUGGAUGGUAACACAUUAGUACAUACACAGAUAGAGUCAAAUGGACGGAAAUCUGUACACAGGAGGACAUUCACUCCAGAAACAUUGACUGUGGAAACAACAGCCGAAGGAUGGGAUAAUAAAUGCAUUAGAAUUUACGAGGCAGUACCAUGA